AUGCUGAAGCAGAUUGUGCAUGACACAUACAUUGACACGGAGCUGCUUGCUGAGCUCAGUGAUGUGCAGAAGCACAUCCUCUUCUACAAAGUGCGGGAGGAGCAGCUGAGGCGCUGGCAGGAGCUUGAGGCUCAGGAGGCCCUGGCCCAGGCAGAGGACUGCAGGCCUUCCAAGACCAAGCGAGCAGCAAGUGACAAGCACAUCCAGUGGCUCCUAGGUGCAGAUGGAGAGGUCUGGGUCUGGAUCAUGGGAGAGGGUCCUGGUGACAAGCCCUACGAGGAGAUCGCCAAGGAGUUGAUCACAGAGCGAGCUCGGCUGCAGGCGCAGAGGGAAGCUGAGGAGCUCUGGAGACAGAAGGAGGCAGAGAUCACUAAGAAGUUCCGGGAUGCACUGGCCAAUGAGAAAGCCCGGAUCCUGGCUGAGAAGUGGAAAGUGGAGAUGGAAGACCACAACGCUGUCAAAGUUCCGGAGAAGUGGAUCCAUGAAGAGUUCAAGGAAAAUAAAAAAGAAGAAGAAAAAGUUAAGUGUGGAUUCCACAAAGUUGAUUUCUUGUCACCCAUGAUGAUGCUUUCUGUGCCUCAAAAUGGCCACGCUUUAUCAGUGCGCCGCUCCAAGGCAGCUGAUGAGGAGAGGAGUCGCCAAGCAAAGGACGCCCGUGAUGAGUGCCGGCGUCACUCGCUCCGUGCCAUCCAGAAAGGCACCGUUGCUGGCCUCAGCUCCAUGUUCCAGGAGCUCGGCCAGAGCCACCAGCAGGAGGCAAGACUUUUCCACCAUCUCUCAGGACCUGGCCCACUGCUGCCCCUUACAGUGCCACUCAGCAGGGCCUGGGAACGCCCCCGGUGUCCUGUCUCCAGAGCAGUUAUAGUCCGAUGGUUUAAGGAGGAGCAGCUGCCUCGUGGAGCCGGCUUUGAGAGGAACACUGCAUCUAUUGCCCCGUGGUUCCAUGGAGGAAAUUAUCACUGUUUCAGGGGGAGAGUUGCUGCAGGAACCCUGUGGACAGAGGAACAACCCUCCAGACUACCAUCUGUUGUUUGA